AUGGCCAUGGAUGCCAAACAGAUUGAGGCCAAGGCCAAGGACCUAGGCAAGGCCGCAACAUCGAACGAGCCUUCGGCUGUGAUUUUGGGCCUGCUCAAGGAUAUUCAAACCGGCGUGCGCCCAACAGAAGACCUGCUCCGCAAGACCCGCAUUGGUAUCCUGGUCAACAAGUUUAAGUCCAGCAAGACCCCCGAGAUCGCGCGUCUCUCCAGUGAGAUUGUGUCCAAAUGGCGAACAGAAGUAAACAAGCAGAAGCAAGGCGGAGGUUCCGCAGCCAACCGUGGCUCCAGCGACUCGCCCCGGCCAGUACAAAAUGGCACAGGAGCAUCAACUCCAGCCACAGCUACGCCAUCAGACAAGGCCUCGAAGCUGUCUGUGCCACCAGAUAAACGCACUUGGAAGGCGGAUAAAGUGGAGGUCAACCACAGUGGCAGCAAAGUGCGCGACAGCUGCACGGGCUUGAUGUACGACGGACUAUGCAUGGGCUCAACCGAGCCUCCCAAGACCGUCCUGGCUCGGGCUAUUGCUGUUGAGGUUGCCGCCUAUGAACAUCUCGGUCCUGAGACCAAGGAGGCCUACAAGACCAAAAUCCGCAGUCUGUUCCAAAACCUGAAGAACAAGUCCAACCCCAAGCUACGUGUGAGCGUUGUUUCUGGGGAGAUCACCGCCGAUCAAUUCGUGCGCAUGACCUCUGACGAGCUUAAGUCUGUUGAGCAGCGUGAAGCUGAUGCCAAGCUUCGCAAGGAGAACAUGGAUAAGGCCAUGGUUCCCCAGCAAGAACGCAGUAUCAGUCAGAGCUUGCAGUGCGGCAAGUGUGGCCAGCGCAAGGUGACAUACACUGAGGCUCAGACCCGCAGUGCUGAUGAACCGAUGACUCUGUUCUGUACGUGCACAAACUGCGGAAAGUCCUGGCGGCAGUGA